AUGGCCAAGAAAGAUAAGAAAUCAAAAGAAGCAAAGAAGGCACGUGCUGCCGAAAAGCAAAAGAAAGCUUCCACCAAAGCAGAAUCAAAAUCCAAAAAAAUUGCAAAGAAACUCGGAGAAGAUGAUGACGAUGAUCAAGACAUCGAUGCCAUCUUAGAACAAUAUGCCAAAGAACAAGAAGAAUUCACCGAAGUGAAAAUCGAAAUCUGCAACCGACCCCUGAGAAGAUUAAACCCAAGUAUGGUUGCAAAUCCACUUCAUGGAAAACGUGAAUUGAUAUUAUUCGGAGGUGAACAUAAUGAUGGAAGUGUAUCUCAUUUCUAUAAUGAAUUAUACACCUAUUCCACCGAUAAUCAUACUUGGAGAAAAAUCAUCUCCAAAAAUACCCCACUUCCUCGAUCUUCCCACGCCAUGUGUGCUCACCCUUCAGGGGUUAUAUUAAUGUUUGGUGGGGAAUUCUCCUCGCCAAAACAAUCAACAUUUUAUCAUUAUGGGGAUACAUGGAUCCUAGAUGCUGAAUCCAAAGAAUGGGCCAAAAUUGAUCAAAAGAAGGGUCCAUCGGCAAGAUCAGGUCAUAGAUUAGCCAUUUGGAAAAAUUUCAUUAUCAUGCAUGGGGGAUUCCGUGAUUUGGGUACCCUGAGUACAUAUUUGAAUGAUGUUUGGUUGUUUGAUGUUAGUGAUUAUAAAUGGACCCAAGUUGAAUUCCCACCCAAUCAUCCUAUUCCUGAUGCAAGAUCAGGUCAUUCAUUAUUGUCCUGUGCCGAUGGAGCGGUUGUAUAUGGGGGAUAUUGUAAAGUGAAAGCCAAGAAGGGUUUACAAAAGGGAAAAGUGUUGACUGAUUCUUGGUUAUUGAAGAUGAAACAGGAUCCUAGUGGGAUUAGGUUUGAAAGAAGGAGAAAACAGGGUUUUGUUCCAAGUCCAAGAGUUGGAUGUUCGUUGGUAUAUCAUAAAAAUAGAGGGAUUUUAUUUGGUGGGGUUUAUGAUUUUGAAGAAAGUGAAGAACAAUUAGAUUCUGAAUUUUAUAAUAGUUUAUAUUCUUACCAUAUUGAAAAUAAUAGAUGGUAUAAUUUAAGUCUUAAGAAUCCAAGAAAGAAGAAAACCGAACAAGUUAAAGAAAAGACCCGUGAUGAAGAUUUGGAAGAUAUUUUGAAUUCCAUUUUGGCAAAAGCAAAUUUGAAAGACGAAGACGAUGAUGAAGAUGAUGAUGAGCAAAUUGAUUUGAAUCAAUUGAGUUUAGAAGAUGAUGAGGCUGAUGACCGGGUUGAAUAUCCUGUUAUGAACCAACUACCACAUCCAAGAUUUAAUGCAACUACAUGUGUAGUUGAUGAUACUUUAUACAUCUACGGUGGGAUCUUUGAAAGAGGAGAAACUGAAUUCAAUUUAGAUUCAAUGUAUGCCAUUGAUUUAGGUAAAUUAGAUGGGGUUAAGGUACUUCGGGAAGAUUUAUCUGAGUUGGAUAAAGCUGAAGCCAACUCUGACGAAGAAGAAGAGGACGAAGAUGAGUAUGAAGACGAAGACGAAGAGGAAGAAACUGCUGAUACUAAGCUUGAAGUCGAAGAAGAGGAGGAGGAAGAACAAGAGGAAGAAGAGGAAGAGGCAGAAAUGGAAGAAGAAGAAUUCCCAGAUCCAAGAUCAUGGUUACCUCAUCCUAAACCAUUUGAAAAUUUACGUGCUUUUUAUGUUCGUACUGGUGCACAAUUCUUAGAAUGGGCUAUUUCAAGUAAUAAAUAUGCUAGAGGGAAAUAUUUGAAAAAGGCUGCUUUUGAUUUAUGUGAAGAAAGAUUCUGGGAAAGAAGAGAAGCUGUUUCUGUUGCUGAAGAUAAUUUGGAAGAAUUGGGUGGAGUUGGAGAAGUGAUUGAAAGAGAUUUCUCCAAGACUACAAAGAGAAGAUAG